CCCGCAUCUGUUGUGAUUCUGCUGUAGAAAGGUCUGUGGUCUUCAGCAUUUGCAGUGUUUGAAUGGAUGCACAUUAACUGAAUAGUUUUUACAAGCGGUGUGAAAUUAUGUAUUAUUGAAUAUACCAUUGCCAUAUAUGCUUAUUGUGACAUUUAUGAAUUUUUUCUUCUUCUCAGUAAACCGCAUCCAACGCACUAAUAACAGAAAAGCUGCGUCUAUAUCGUGAAUCAGUUCAUUAUAAACACGAGUUCAGUCCCUGGCAAACAGUGAAGGGAGAAACGGAGCUUUCCGAAUCUCCGAGUCAAUUGAAUCAAAUGCUUUGCGAAACGACUCACUGUUUCGAAUCGCGCGAAUCACUGACAUCUGCUGAUCAAAACAGUGUAAAUGCAACCAGAACAAAUACAAACAUGUGUAAUGACAAUUAUUACAAACAUACUGCAAACGUUUUCAUGUAAGUGGAAUCUAUUAAAUAGUCUACACAUAUUUGCAUACCAAAUGUAAAUUAUAAAUGCCUAAUAUUUAGUGUCUGUAAAAUUUGUGUUCUUUUAUCAGUUUGUAUAGUGAUAAUUGUUGUGCCCUUUUUAAGACCAUUAACUCUCACUCCGACUGAUUCCCUCACCAGUGUGUUGACUACUGAACUAGGGAGCUGAUUGUGACGCACCCAGAGAUGUAGUUUGGAUGUCUUUCUGUUAAUUAAUCUCAUAUUAAUCAUGUGUACAAACAAAGAGAAAAAGUCCUGCUGAGAUCCACACACUGUUAUAAAGAUGGCGGUUAUUAAAGAGGAGAGUGAAGACGUGAAGAUUGAAGAAACAUUCAGAGUCAAACAUGAAGAUACUGAGGAACAAACAGACCUAAUGGCGCUGAAAGAGGAAAGUCAAGAACUGAACAAUAUGGAAAAAGAGAAAGAUCAGCAUGAGAAACAUUAUGAUUUCAUAACUGGAGAAAAAUCAACCAAGACUGAAAAGACUUCCUCACAAAACAGAGCUCAGAAGACCAAAUCUAACAGUCAUUUCACCUGCUAUCAGUGUGGAAAGAUUUUCAGUCAAAAACGAAACCUUGAGGUCCACAUGAGAGUUCACACAGGAGAGAAGCCUUACACCUGUGAGCAGUGUGGAAAAAGUUUCACUCAAAAUCAAAGCCUUAAUGUCCACAUGAGAAUUCACACUGGAGAAAUCUCUUUCACCUGUCAACAGUGUGGAAAGUGUUUCACUCAGAAACAAAACCUUAAAGUCCACAUGAGAAUUCACACCGGAGAGAGCUCUUUCACAUGCCAAGAGUGUGGAAAGAGUUUCAGUCAAAAAGGAAACCUUGACGUCCACAUGAGAAUUCACACUGGAGAAAAGCCUUAUACUUGCUCUCAAUGUGGACAGAGUUUUACACAUCAUAACACCCUUAGUUCCCACAUGAGAAUUCACACUGGAGAGAAGCCGUUCAUAUGUGAUCAAUGUGGAAAGAGCUUCACAACAGAACUAAACCUGAGGUAUCACAUGAACAUUCACACCGGAGAGAAACCAUUCACUAAAGACAAACCGUUCACAUGUGAUCAGUGUGGAAAGGGUUUCACACGCAAGGUAACCCUCAAUUCCCACUUGAGGAUUCAUUCAGGAGAGAACUGUUUUAUAUGUCAUCAAUGUGCAAAGAGCUUCAGUCAUAAAAGUAGCCUUAAUACUCACAUGAAACUUCACACUGGAGAGAAGCCUUUCACCUGCAAACUGUGUGGAAAGAGCUUCACACAAAAAGGAAAUCUUAAGGCUCACGUGAAAACUUGCACAGGAGAGAAUCCAUUCACAUGAGUGAAAAACGUUUCACAUGUAUAGAAACCCUUAAGUACCACAGGAGGAUCCCAUUUUUGUUCUCUAUGUGGAAAGACUUUUAAGUGGUUCUUCAAUGUAAAAAAGGAUCAGAAUUUCUGAGUUCUGUGAAAAUGGUUCCGAGUUCUGAGGCUCUGUUUACACUUCUAAUUUUCAUUGUAUAGACAGUUUCAUCGGGCGCACGCAGCUGGCCCAAACUUAACUUCCGGUCUGUGUUUGUUUAUUGGUCUGGUUAGUGGCGCUGGCUACAAACGCAGUUAAAUUUAAAGUGAUGAGUAAUGAAGUUGGGAUCAGGUGGUUGUGCUGUGGGACGUGUUUCCCAUACAUUUAUUUAUUUGUGGUGACCCCACGAUAUCAAAACUGACCAAUUUUCCAAAAGUUUUUAUAUCACUGUAUUUCUGAAGGAAGACUGUCUUUAGAAAAUGUUCGAUGUCAUUUUCAUUUCAUCUUGAAUGUUAUAUGCCUGAUAAAGCAGCGUUUGUAAGCUCAGCGCUGCUGUACAGCCCAACAGCCAUUACCGGAGAAACCUCUAGUUCUCCUGCUUUAAAGCACCUCCUGCUGGGCAGAGAAUGAAUUAGUAUUUUUAAUAAGUCCGUCUGAUUUAUGCAGCAAACAUAUUUUUCAAAAUAAUCUACUCUAGAGGGACUUAGGUGUUGUUAUUGAUUCUAUUUGGAUGUCUACCGGAAGUUAAGUUAGGGCCACAAAAGCACGCAUGCGCAGUAACAUUUGUUUAUGUUGUUGCCGUGAAACUGUCUAUAGAGCAAUGGUUGUGGUAGGGAACUGUGAUGUGAUGAAGCAGUGGGCACCUCGAGGAGGGCCACUGUCCUGCAGAGUUUAGCUCUAAACCUAAUUAAAGCACUUUUAAAAUAGCUUAGAGGCUGACCAGAGUGCUGUACAUGAGCAAAGUAAUAAGUGCAAUAUAAAAAUACAAGUAAGGGAUAAUCAACGGCUAGCUGUGCAUUAAACGAUUUGAAUGCACGACGUGGAGGCGAAGAACCUUGUCUCCGCGAAGUGCAUUCAAAUGGUUUAAUGCACAGCUAGCCGUUGAUUAUCCCGUUUAUGCCAUGGUCAUUUGCCAGCAUUCACGUAUUAAAGAUGUUAAUAAUAUUUGCGCUACAAUAUUUGACCGGAACGUUAUUUUCGUCUGUAUUACUAUUUAACUCUAACUGUAUGUUACUAUGGUGACCAAUGUUUAUAGGAAGCUCAUUAAUAUAGAACGUGAUUAAACUGACCUGGAACUACCUGUGCGGUUCAACGAAUUUAAUCAACACCUGCCAGCCAAUCAGAAUCCAGUAAUCAGACAGACCAUGGCAUAAUAUAAAAAUAAUCAAUAUAAACGUGAGCAGAAUACACACAUACCAAAUUUGAAGCAGAAAUAAAAAAAAAUCAACAAUUAACACGAAGGCUAAGGAAAACAAAAACUGGUAAAGAGGGGGACAUUCUAAGGCUACGUUUACACGACAACGAUGUAGUCAAAAACGGAAAAGUUUUGUUCAUUGCAUUUUUAAAAAGUUUCACGUAUACAUGACAAUGUUUUCAAAACGAUUUGCGUUUACACAUAUCUCUGAAAACUGCCAAAAACACUAUAUUACGUAUGCUAGGCCAGAAGUUGGCACUGUCACCUUGUUAAUAAACAGUACCUGUAGGGAAGUGACGAUUAGCUCUUUGUGGGCGGGAGUUCCGUCACUAAAAUCACCACAUCGACCUGUUGCUCUACUCCUCAUUCAUAGCGAUAGCAGCUUUAGCUGCGUUAGUAAACUCUUGAGCAGCAAACAACACUACCAUGUACUCUGCCAUUGUUGUGUAUGUUUUUUCGCGCUUGCCUUUAAAAUCGACACGUACUGCGCAUGUCUACAUACCUAACACAUACUACGAACGCACAUGACGUCACAAUUUUCAAAGAUUCCCGUAUUGGGUGUUUACACAGAAAUGAUAACAGUGGCAUUUUCAAAAACUUAUGCUUUGAAACCCGUUUUCAGUCCCCAAAACGCUGUCGUCGUGUAAACGAACAGGCAAAACGCAUAAAAAGUUUCCAGUUUCCAGUGUAAUCCCCUCUGCGUUUCAGCCUUGAGCAAGGUAUUGUCAAUAAGUUAAGGUUGCCAGAUCUUAAACUUCUAGGAGGCUUAUAGGGACACAGUAAAUCAGACACGUAUUUUGGAGCAAGAUUAUGUAGACAUUUAUACACAAAUAGAAGAAUUUUAAAGUCAAUCCUGAAGUGGACUGGAAGCCAUUAGAGGGCUAGAAAAAUGGGGGUGACGUGGUCAUUUUUGCGACCAUUUUUUAAGAAAUUUAGCUGCAGCAUUUUGAAUAAGUCGAGCUGCCUGAGACUUGGAUAUACCGUAAAACAGAGAAUUGCAAUAAUUUAAAUGCAAAGUUAUAAAAUCAUGGAUAAUUGUCUCAGACUUUUCAGACACAAAAUGUUUUAUUUUAGAAAGUCAACAAAGCUGGAAAAAAUUAGAGGCAACGACAGACACCCCUCUACAUUGUGAAUAAUCACUCACAUAUGCGACUAAAUCUUCACUCUGGGCGACUAAAUGAGGUCUAAAAUUAGCCACUGGCUAAUAAUUUCUUAGAUUUUGCUCACCAGUGUGUGAGUUGGAGGCUAAAUAUUAGUUUAGCACAGAUAUAUUUUCACUCUCCGAACACACUGACUGAGCGCUUCAGAGUUUUACUCUGUCAAGCGAUCUGUGCUAUUUUUCAAUUCAUCUCAACGGAUGCGCAGAACACCUGUAUUUGACAUACCGUGCACUCUAGUGCAGUGGGGGUAAUUUAAUUCUACCCCCACUUAAAGUAACAUUAAAACGAACAUGUAUUUUGCUUCUAAUGUAAAAACAGGACAAUGGGAGUGCCGUAAACGGUCAAAUACAUGAUAUCCAAUCAGCUUACCUCAUCUUUUGCGGUCAAAACUGACUGCAUACCAUUUCCUGCAUACUUAAUACCAUAUGAGCAGGGUAGGGCAAUGUCUAUGGUAAACUGUAAAAUGAAUGUAAAAAGCACGAUUUACUGUUCAGAUAGUUUUCACAAAACAAAAAGUUUAAUAAAAUAAUACACUUCACAUUUCAGCCUUUAAACCAUUUUUUAAGAAAAUGGAUGAGUCAAAAGUAUUAAUUAUUAUAUUAAUUUAAACAAUUAUCAAUAAAUUAUUAUAUUAAUUAAAUAACAUACAAAUACAUUUUACUGUCUAGAUUUUUAUAAUGGAUUAUCUCCUUAUCGAUCCACCAGUUCACAUUUACAGCUCUGCGUGUUUGCAGGGUAAAAAUAUGGGUCGAGUUUUGCAUUGGUGUGAACAAAAACAACCCAAUGUUCCUGCAAUACUGGAGGCUGCAGUUCUAGGACUGCAUAGGACCCUAUUUUUUGGGACAGCACCAUCUAUUCCAACAGAGGAGACCUGAUUCAAAGAAACAAACAAACAGAUGCAAACAAACAGCACAUCAGACGUGAAGCGCUGCAGCUAAUUAACUGAAGUCUCGCACAGACAAGUCUUUCCAAGAAAACUGAAUUUUAAACCAGAAUAUAUUGAAAUAAAUUAGGUUAAAUAUUUCAAGAGGAUUAUCAACGGGUAUGUUUAGGGAGUUUAGGAGUUGGUUAGGACAAUAAUUAAGUGUAUAAAAUUAAAUAACUACAUAAUUCCUUAAAAAUAAUAAUAUACAGAAUUGAAUAGCAAGUGCUAUAAAAUAGUAUGAGCCACUAAUAUUUAAUCAUUUAGCAGACGCUUUUAUCCAAAGCGACUUAUAAAUGAGGACAAUGAAAGCAAUCAAAAUCAACAAAAGAGCAACGAUAUGCAAGUGCUAUAACAAGUCUCAUUUAGCCUAACGCAGUACACGUAGUAAGAGAUUUUUUUUUAAAUUAUAUAAUAAAUAAAAAGAAAACAUAGAAUAGAAAAAGAAUAGAGCAAGCUGGUGUUAGAGGCCUUUUUUGCUUUUGUUAAUUAUAUAAUAAAUAAAAAGAAAACAUAGAAUACAAAAAAAGAUUAGAAAAGCUAGUGUGCAAGUCUAAAAGGGACAAGUUUUUUUUUUUUUUUUAAAGAAUAGAAUUAGAAUAGAGAGAGGUAUGACGUUCUUCAUUCUCUCUUACAUUAUUUUUGGCUCAUUAAAAAUGAAUCUUGCUGCCGCGUUCUGGAUUAAUUAUAAAAGGUUUGAUAGGACUGGCUGGAAGACCUGACAUAAUACAUACAUACAAAAAAAAAAAAAAUACAAAAAAAAUAAACUAUAGGGCCCUGGAAAUCCAGUUCUGAAACUACAGCCUCCGGUAUUGCAGGAAUCCCCUACUCACAACAACAGCCUUAUUGAACAUGCACAUUCAUUCUCUGUCAGCAGGAGGCGCUUUCGAAUGGUUUCCCAGGUAACAGCAGAACACAAAGCAGCGCAGCACUGGACUUUGAAACGUGCCGCGCUCAUAUUUAUUUAUAGCCUUUUGAAGUUUAAUCGUCACAUUAAAGGAACACUCCACUUUUUUUGGAAAUAGGCUCAUUCUCCAACUCCCCCAGAGUUAAUAAGUUGAGUUUUACCGUUUUUGAAUCCAUUCAGCCGAUCUCCGGGUCUGGUGAUAGCACUUUUAGCAUAGCUUAGCAUAGAUCAUUGAAUCCGAUUAGACCAGUAGCAUCACGUUCAAAAAUGACCAAAGAGUUUCGAUAUUUGUCCUAUUUAAAACUUGACUCUUCUGUAGUUAUAUCGUGUACUAAGACCGGCGGAAAAUGAAAAGUUGCGAUUUUCUAGGCUGAUAUGAUUAGGAACUACUCUCAUUCCGGCGUAAUAAUCAAGGAACUUUGCUGCCGUACCAUGGCCGCAGCAGGCGCAGUGAUAUUAGCGCCUGAAA